UUCCAAGAACCUAUUCCAAAUCAAAAUUAGACAUUGACAGCUACUUAAAACAUACACUAAUGAUCCAGACAAACACACUUGUCUAAUAAGAAACAGAUCUGGUUUAAGGAGAAGUUUCCGGCUGAGCCGAAAGGACAACAUGAGUCAGCAGGUGAGACAGAAGAUGGGUGAAGCACAUGCUGGUAUCCAUUUCCCUAUUUAUCAGGAGGUUUUGCCUCACCAGAGAAAGCCUGAAGAGCCGUACCGCCUCGUGCUUCUAACUGGGCCUAGUGGGGUUGGUGUGACCGAGUUGAAGAGAAGAAUUCUACUCUCUGACCCAGAACACUUCAGUGUAACUGUGCCAUAUACCACUCGGGAGCGGAAAAAGCAAGACAGAGAAGGGGUGGAGUACCAUUUUGUCUCCAAACACACUUUUGAAAAAGAUAUCCUCAACCACAAAUUUUUGGAGUAUGGUGAACAUAAAGGGAACUACUAUGGUAUGAGUUUGGAUUCGGUGCGCAGGGUCAUGGCGGAGAGCAAGGUCUGCCUGUUGGAUGUGGAACCUCAUACUAUAGCAGCCCUUUAUUCCUCCGAGUUUAAACCCUAUGUUGUAUUUGUGAAGCCUCCAUCAAUAGAGCGCUUAAGACUGAGCAGAAGAAAAGCAAAAGUCCUGGCAAGUCAGAAUAAGCAAACAGCCACAAAAUUCUUUACGGAGGAGGACUUCCAGGACAUGAUUACCACUGCCCAAGCCAUGGAGUAUAAAUAUGGCCACUUGUUUGAGAAAGUGAUUAUCAAUGACGAUCUGGCCAUGGCAUUCACUGAGCUGAGAGACGAACUCAAAAAGAUAGAAACAGAGACUCACUGGAUCCCAAAUACAUGGGCUCAUGUCUGAGAAAGCAAUUCAUGUUCACUGAACCACUUAGACACAUGAUAACUUUUGACUGUUUUGGAUAUUUUCUGCAUAUAAAAAAGCACACCAUAUUAUUGUAAUUAUACGCUUAUAAGCAGUGUGUGCUGGCCCGUCAUGAAUCAGCUCCAUUCAUAACUGCCAAACUCAUGACAUUGCACUGAAGUUGAAACAGUUUUGUUUAUGUUGAGAAACAAGUAAUUGUAAAGAAUUUUUAUCUCCCCCUAAUUCCUACAUAAUGAUAUACAUUAUGCUAUAUUACUAAAUGAUUUCUAUACACAUAUUGCUUUGUGCACUGUUGUGGCUCAUGUUUUGACAUUAAUCACUUACAGACGUGGAUUUUCCAUAAAAAGAUGUGUCCUUAAUUUGGUCUAAGUGAGGUGGAACUACAGUUUCUUUCUUUCUUUUUUCUUUUCUUUUUUUUCAUAAAUUGUGACUACAAGAUUGAACUCUAGAUUAGGUAGCUCUAUGUAACAAACAGUUACAAUCCAAGAUUAGAUUUGCUCUUGACAAUGAACUCAGGGCUUUACUGUGAUUUAAAUGCCUUGGAGUUCUUGAAGAACAUUAACAUUUGCAGGUAUACAAGGUGAUCUGUGAGUCAACCCCUCCAAAGUAUCAAUCCAAGCACCACAACUGUUUUUUUGUUUUUUUGUUUUUUCUUCCCAAACAUCGCAUUUGGAAAGGUGAGUUGACAUGGAAGUUAAGAGGAAGAUGUUUUCUCAAGGUGACCUUAGUUGUUCCUGCUGAAGCCAGAAGAGGAAGAGGACGUUUAUUUUCACCAGCACUCAGUAUAUUACAGUAGAAUUAAAGAGUAACGGGAGAGUUCCUGGGGUUACCUUGGAUGGCUGCCUGGUCAGCAUGAAGGAUAGAACUCGCACAUACCUGCCUUUACCUU